AUGUUAGCCACCAUCGCUACCUCGACUGCCGACACCGUCUCCAAGCUUCUCGCGCUCGUGGAGCCGACCGACCGCGGCAUCGCGGCCUCAGACUCCACGCGCGCAGAGGCGUCGUCGCUGAUCAGCGCGCUGGAGGAGUCGUGGGCGGGCACGGACGCUUUCGCCUCUCCCUACCUCCUUCGGAAUACCGAGGUGGUCUACGUCGGGCAGUCGUCAUCGAAGGGGUCAAACGCCGCCGGCGGCAAGUACCGCGGCCGAAUCGGCCGAGCGCUCUUCCGCACAGACGCGCUCUUCCAGCACGUGCUCGACGACGUGGCCGUCAACGUCGUCCAGUUCAGGCUGCUUGGCCUCGUGCCUGGGCAGGCGAUCCUGCGCGGCGCGUGGCGACGCGACGAAGAGACGCUGUUCACAGUUCGGCGGUGUGAGGAGGCGCUGUUCACAGCAGGCGCGUGGCGACGCGACCUCGACCAGCCGGAGCUGGCUUCGCUGAGGCGGAACAGCAGCCGGCCGCUCUCACCAAACACGAUCGCGGUCGCCUUUGAGGCUCCGCGCGUGUCGCUGUUUGGGCGCGAGGGCCGUUUCGUCAACCUGCAGCUGGGGCGAGGACCCGGGCGUGCUGCGCGAGGCGGCCAUGCGAACAACGAGCCGCCCUCCUCCGUCGGACUCGACGUCACGUACCUCGACGAGCGGGUGCGGAUCUGCCGCGGCGAUGGGCGGUCUCUGGUGCCGCGGCUCGCCGGCGCGUUCGUGUCGGCGGCCGCCGCCGUCGCGCUGCUGCGCUCCACGGGCGGCGUCGAUGAGCCGCGGGGGAUGCAGUGGUGA